CUUUCUUCCAAUUCUAUUGUGUGGGAGGAGUUAUUAGUCAGGCCCAGCCUCCUGUUACCAUGGAGACCACACACAACAAACUGACUGGCUACUGAAUAGAGCUGCAGACUGUGUGGGUUGCCCCUAGCAACAGACUCACUGGAUCCUGGAGCUGUUGGACAGUCCUGUCUCCUGAGACCCACCGGCACACAGUUUCCAGCAAUGCAAAGAGCGUAUUACCCAUAAGCCUGUGUCCUUGUGGCCCCAACAAUGGAGAAGUAUGAGAAGUUGGCCAAGAUUGGAGAGGGCUCUUACGGGGUGGUGUUUAAAUGUCGUAGCCGAGAGACUGCUCAAGUGGUGGCCAUCAAGAAGUUUGUGGAAUCAGAAGAUGAUCCAGUCAUUAAGAAGAUAGCCCUGCGUGAGAUCCGAAUGUUAAAGCAACUCAAACACAACAACCUUGUCAACCUGCUGGAAGUUUUCAGGCGGAAGCGAAAGCUGCACUUAGUCUUUGAAUACUGUGACCACACUGUGCUCAACGAGCUGGAGAAGCAUCCAAAUGGGGUUCCCGAUGCCUUGACCAAGAACAUCAUGUGGCAGAUUCUUCAGGCUGUUACCUUCUGCCAUAAGAACAAAUGUAUCCACCGAGACAUCAAACCCGAAAAUAUUCUCCUCACCAAACAAGGGGUCAUCAAGCUGUGUGACUUCGGAUUCGCCCGGAUUCUUACCCGGCCUGGUGAUGAUUACACAGACUAUGUGGCUACUCGCUGGUACAGAGCUCCUGAACUCCUGGUGGGAGACACCCAGUAUGGAUCAGCUGUGGACGUAUGGGCCGUGGGCUGUGUCUUUGCAGAACUUCUUUCGGGGCAACCGCUGUGGCCAGGAAAAUCUGACAUGGACCAACUACACUGCAUCAUCAGGACCCUGGGGAAGCUGAUCCCGAGGCAUCAGUACAUUUUCCAUAGCAACCAGUUCUUUCACGGCACCAGCAUUCCCGAGCCAGACCCAGCAGAUUUGGAAACACUGGAAGAAAAGUUCCCAAAUAUUCAGCCAGCGGCUCUCACUUUUAUGAAGGGCUGCCUGCGUAUGAAUCCAGAUGACAGAUACUCCUGUGAGCAACUGCUGGAAAGCUUGUACUUUAAUCCCGCCCGCGAGGAACCGGAGAAACGGAAACCCAAGGGCCGGAGGCGACUUCAGCAGGCUCAGCUCUUGCCCCAAUUACCGGCCAAUGGAACGUCUCCUGCCCCUGAUGGGAAGAACAAGCCACGGGCCACUAAGUUUGAUCAUUUCCCCAACAUUUAAAGCAGAACAGGCAAUUGGACAGACACCCUCUGUGCUAUCAACGUGUGGGUGCCUCCAAUGGGAUCCAAGCAACAUGGCAGCUCCUGGAUACAGAUGUAACCAAAUUGCUACAUGCCUCCUCCUUGUGGAUCAAUAAUAACUGGGAUCAAUGCA